UCUGCUAUCAGUUCAAUGACGUCACGACUAUGGUCUCUUGCCCAGAAACAAGACGUAGCAGACAUACCACUGACAAAGCAAUUAGCAGAAAACUUAGCUUCAUGUCUUAAUAGCGUGUUGAAGGCAGCAGCAGUGAUUGCAUCAGAAAACUUCAAAUCAAGUUUUCAACAACUGGGUAAACUACUGGUGAAGAUUUCAAUGAAGACCCUCGAGAAAGUUGCAGACUCAGUGUUGGCCUUGACAGUACCUGAUGAAAGAACGAUAUCAUUCAUGGCAGGACAACUAUUCAUGACACUCGGAAGAUAUAGCCUCCAAAGACUUUCAGGACUGGAAAUAAAAGCAGGAAAAGACCGGUUUAUCUUACCGUCUAAAAGCCAAUUGUUACUCUCUGGAGUAAACAAAACAGGUUUUGUAAAUGUUCAGAUGCUCUCAUUUUCUUUCAAUCCUUACACUUGGGACGCCACAAAGGAGCGAGUUGGCUCUGAUGUUGUAACCCUGCUCUUGAAAAACAACGAUAGCGAGCUUAUUAAAGUAUCAAAUCUCACGGAAGACAUUGUUAUCGUCACGCCUUUAAAACUUCAGAAAAUCUCUGCUUCAGAAAAGUCAUGGUAUUUCACAAAGAACGAUGAUCUACGUUUCCACGAGAUAAACGUCAAGUAUGAAAACACCCUGCUGAUGCUGGAAAUCAAACCUCAAGAUCCAACCGUACAUCUGUUUGUCUAUAUGCGUUUUAGUCAGCGACCGACAACUCAAAACUACGACUUCAAUGCUACUAUCUCUUAUGACAAAAAGUGUGUCUGGAUGAUAAGUGCUCAGAACAAAAGUGAAGGGCAAACAGUUUGCUCCUUGAAUCCACAUACACCGAUACAAGUUCUGGCUGAGCGUCCCGGGAAGUACUUUCUCGGCUUAAAAAAUUACAAUGCCACAGUGAACUUAUCUCAUAAAAGGGAGAAAAGAUCUUGUCUUGGUGGAAGGCGAAGGAAGCGCUCCUGCGUCGAAGUCAAAGAUCCACCACCCACCCCACCCCAGAGUGAAAAUGUCCCUGUGAUGCCAGUUUAUGAUUCCACAACAGACCAGAACUACACUCUGAAGGUGACCUUGGGUAGUUGUGUUUACUGGUCAGAAAAUUUUGACAAGUGGAUAUCAUCUGGCUGUCGGGUUUUAGCAGAAUUAAAUGGAUUUUUAAACUGUAGCUGUAGCCAUUUGACAUCAUUUGGGGGAAGUCUCUUAGUCGAACCGAAUCCUAUUGACUUCGACAAGGUUCUAGUCGAGUUUCAGCAGUUAUCAGAAACUGGAAAUAUUGCAGUAAUCGUGGCUAUUGCGGUGGUUUUAUUGUGUUAUAUGACUGUGCUUGUUGUCGUAAGGAAAUUCGACAAGGAAGACGCGAAAAAUAGGGAAUUACCGAUCCAACUUCCAUCAUCUUCAAGCAGCACCUAUGAAUACGUUAUAGUGAUUACCACAGGGGCUUGGAAAAACUCCAGCACGACUGCUCAUGUUGCUUUGGAGAUUUACGGUUCUGAUGGAAAGAGUGGCGUUCUUCAGCUUAGCCAAGAAGAGCCUGAUGUAGUUAAUACGUUAUUCUCUCGAGGUAACUCAGAUGUUUUUGUACUUUAUGUUGACAAAUCACUUGGUUCGAUUCAAGAAUUACAGAUUGGACAUGAUAAUUUUGGAGAUAAUCCCUCGUGGUACCUGGAGGAAAUUGUCAUUCGGGACGUACAAUCCAAGCAGUCGUGGAAAUUCAUGGCCAAUCAGUGGUUUGCUCUUGAGCGCGGAGACGGGCGCAUCGAGCGAAUAAUCGACAAGAACUCAAAUCAUCUGGAUUUUGGCGAUGAAGUUGCAAGACGUUGGCGAAGAGGCCUCGCGGAGUGGCACAUUUGGAUUUCAGUGGCAGCCAAGCUAAGAAAAAGCCACUUUACAAGAGUGCAGCGGCUUUCUUGCUGCCUUUCAGUACUUUUGACAUCCAUGUUUGCUAACGCGAUGUUCUAUAAGUUAGAAGGCAAAUAUGAACAGCCUAUCCAAGUCGGACCGCUGAAAAUGUCGUGGAGACAAGUGGUGACUGGAAUUGAAAGCGCGCUCCUUGUGACGCCCAUAAACAUUGUCAUAGUGUUUCUGUUUCAGAAAGGAGCUGAAAAGUCUGCGAAGAACAGUGACCAUUGUCUCAAAGGUACCCUGAUCUGUGGUGUCGCUUGGUGUUUGUUAUGUUUUUCUUGUACUGUUUCGGCUGCGUUUUCAAUUUCCUACAGUCUAAUUUGGGAAAAGAGUGUCAGUGAGCAGUGGCUGUCUUCGAUGUUUAUUUCAUUCGCACAGGAUGUAACAAUCAAGGAACCAGUAAAAGUGUUCUUCACAGCUUUAACAUUCGCGGCCAUUUUAAAGAUAAAGGCGAAGAGAUCAAAAGUACACGCCUGCGGAAGCCCUCCGCAGGAAGUUAAAACUGGGUACUAUAAGAAACACUUUUGGGCUCUGCAAUUAUCAGAGGUGGAAGAGAUGAGGAGACGACAAGUUAAGAAACAGAACCUGGCACGUUAUUUCACAGAGUUGGGUUUAUACUUGGUCUUCGCUUUCUUGCUUAUGGCAGUGUGUUAUGGAAACAGAAAUGACCAUCGUUACUUCAUGACGAAAUCAAUCCGAGAUGGACUACCAAACUUUGACAAGGUGAGUAGACAUUAUUUCUGGAACUGGUUACAGCGUGUUUUCAUCCCGGGAGUGUUUUCUGGCAGAUGGUAUAACGGUCGAAACGAAGAGCAAACAAUCUAUAUUGGUAAUAAACACUCUCUUCUUGUCGGAAUGGCUCGAGUACGGCAACUUAGAGUGAAAGCCGCGCAAUGCAAAGUCCUAAAUUAUAUGGAAACAUCGUUCCAAGAAUGUUUCAAGGGAUACUCUACAGAGAACGAAGACAAGACCGCCUACAGCAAACCUGGCUGGAGGCCUGUCGACAAUGCUUCGAGGAAUGACGAGUUAUUACUACUUUGCCCGCAGCCAUGGCGAUAUCAACAUGCCAAGAAAACCAACACUACACCCAGGUGGGGACAGUUCUCCUUUUAUGAUGGAGGAGGAUUUGUAGCAGACCUCGGGUAUGAUAGCCAUACGGGAUUCAGCAUAAUAACAAGUUUACAGAUCAAAGGUUGGCUUGACAGAAAAACGAGAGUUGUCCUGGCAGAGUUUUCUACAUUCAAUCCGUCGGUGAAUAUUUUAGGUGUUGCCACAUACUUCUAUGAAGUUGAUGCUUCUGGACUGAUAGCAGCCUCCAUGCAAACUCGUGUCCUUUCACUUGAUUCUACGGGCACACCCUCGCAUCAGUUUUAUUUGAUUUGCUUGUUUCUGUACAUUGUAUUUGUUUUACUGUAUUUUGUUAGAGAAAUUUUCAGGCUUUACAAUCAUCGUUUUCGAUAUUUCAAGCUCAUGUGGAAUUGGAUCGAGAUAUUCCAAAUUGUCUUCUCUUUAAUUGCCGUGGUGAUGUACAUAAUACGACAAAGUAAAGUCAUGUCAACCAUGGGCAAACUGCAUAGAAACAUUUACGAAAAUCUAAGUUUCCAAGAAGCUAUCACUUGCCAAGAAGUGGAAAAUGUCGUAAUUGGAAUUCUU